AGGAAGGUGAGGUGAAAGUGUCCAUUGAGGAAUAUGAAAAAAGUGAACGAUUGGAUUUGGAGGAUAAUGAGCCUGAAUAUGAACCUGAAGAAUAUGGUGGUGACGAUUAUGAUGAGAAGGACAUCGAACAGGAGGAUGUUUAUGAUGAGGUAGAUGAAGUAGAGGAAGAAGUUGAUGAGGGGAAUGUAGCUGAAGAGGAAGAGGGUGAUAUGGUUGAGGAGGAAUGGAAGACGUACGUGACGAUCUUGAGGGAGCAUGGUGAGAUGGUUGAUGCAGAUGAAGAAGAACACCAUAAAGUUUUUAAAGAGAGGCGCAAGCGGAAGGAGUUUGAAGUUUUUGUGGGGGGCUUGGACAAGGAUGCUACUGAGGAGGAUCUUAGAAAAGUCUUCAGUGUCAUUGGUGAUGUUACUGAAGUCAGACUUAUGAUGAAUCCUCAGACUAAGAAGAAUAAGGGGUUUGCAUUCCUGCGUUUUGCAACUGUGGAACAGGCAAAACGAGCUUGUACCGAGCUGAAAAACCCAGUGGUUAAUGGGAAACAAUGCGGUGUUACUCCAAGUCAAGACAGUGACACCCUGUUUUUGGGUAAUGUAUGCAGGACAUGGACAAAGGAAGCUUUGAAAGAGAAGUUGAAGCAUUAUGGAGUUGAGAAUAUCGAGGAUUUGACAUUGGUUGAAGAUGGUAAUAAUGAAGGAAUGAAUCGGGGCUUUGCUUUCUUGGAAUUCUCUUCUCGUUCAGAUGCUAUGGACGCUUUUAAGCGUCUGCAGAAGAGAGAGGUCGUUUUUGGAGUUGAUAGGCCUGCUAAGGUUUCUUUUGCAGAUUCCUUCAUUGACCCAGGUGAUGAGAUCAUGGCUCAGGUUAAAACUGUUUUUGUGGAUGGUCUCCCCGCUCCAUGGGAUGAGGAUCGCGUACGGGGGCUUCUCAAGAAAUAUGGGCACAUUGAAAAGAUUGAGCUUGCUCGUAACAUGCCAUCUGCCAAGAGAAAGGAUUUUGGAUUUGUCACAUUUGAUACCCAUGAUGCUGCAGUGACGUGUGCUAAAUGCAUUAAUAAUGAAGAAUUGGGAGAAGGAAACAAUAAGGCGAAAGUCAGGGCCCGGCUAUCAAGACCACUACAGAGAGGCAAAGGUAAACAUGUUGCUCGUGGAGAUUUCCGUCCUGGGCAUGGAGCUGCACGAGUUGCUAGGGGUCCAUGGAGUCGUCCAGUUCCACAUAAUUUCCCCGUCCGAGGGGCAAGGGGAUUUGGAGGACGCAUGCCCCCUGCUGUUGAUCGUGGUUUGAAGAGGCCUGUUGGAUUUAGGGAUCGACGACCAGUUAUGGCUAUGCCUCCAAGGGGUAGGCCACUGGCUCCUUUGUCAAGGUCAUAUGACAGAAGACCCCCCCCUGUCCCUUCAUACCCCAAGAGUAUCAUGAAGAGGGACUAUGGCCGGCAAGAGGAGCUUCUUCCAAGGAGCAGAGCUGCUGCAGAAUAUGGUUCUAGAGUUGCCUCAGAGAAACGUACAUCAUAUAGAGAUGACUAUUCCUCCCGUGGAUCUGUCUAUCCUGAUUUGCCCAGAGGUACAUCCCGCCCUGCAGCUAGGAGAGCAGCUUAUGUUGAUGAUGGCUAUGAGCAAAGGUUUGAAAGGCCUCCUCCAAGUUAUCGUGAGGGACGUGGGCGUGAUUAUGAUUCAAUUUCUGGGUCAAAACGUUCGUACACUGCAAUGGAGUACGGCAAUCACGUGCUCGUUUGGAUUAUGAACUUGGUGGUAGUGCUUCUCAGUAUGGGGAUACUUACAGUGAUAGACUUGGGAGAUCUAAUCUAGGAUAUGGUAGCAGCAGCAGAAAUUCCAUCUCCAGUCAGGAUUCACAUGGGCUUUAUAGCAGCAGCAGCAGCAGUCGUCAGGGUAUGGGUUAUGCUGGAGGUUCUUAUGGUGGCAGUGAUGCUGGUAGGAUGUACUCAUCAAGCUUUGGUGGUGAUUACAUGUCUCGUGGGGGUGAUGUUGGUGGUAGCUCUUACUCAUCGCUAUAUUCUGGCCGUGGUUUGGGUGGUAGUAGUUACAUGGGAAGUGGUGGUUCUGGAUCAUAUUAUUGAGGUACGCCAUAAUGUUGUUCUAUGCUAUGUGAUUGAUAAGGUAUGAGAGUUUGAGUAUUUGUGUGCUUUAGUUGUCUUUUGUUUAGGAUCAUGGUUGCAGAAGACUGCUUCUGUUUCUUCUCAUAAGCGCUGUGCUAAGAUAAAGGAGCGUUGUGGUUACUAGUGAAUUCGUGUAUGGUACAGAUUUGAGUUGACAAAGAGGCUGCUGUAGGAUGUGAAUUAUUCGAAGCUUAUGGAUUGAGAUGCUCAGAGAGUUGAAAUGGAAGCAUGAAAAGCCUCUUCUGUUUGGGUACAGGGAAAGAUCUAUUGUAGUAGAAGUUUUUUACUCCAGGGCGUCUUAGAUCUACAGUUUCAAUAUUUAGAUGGCUCGUAUUUUUCCUGCUGUAAGGACACUUGAGCUGUUCAGAAUUUCAAAAAGAAGACAUGUUACUAUGUGGUAUUUAUGAAUGAAUGUUUUUAUCUGUAUCUCCCUGUAAGAUUUUGAUGGACAAAGAGGAGGUAAGUUACUGUAUCCAUUCCACUGGACAAACAAUACGUGGUUUAAGCUCAAGCUGUUCUUAAUGUGAUUAAGGGCUUUUGGACGAGUAAGAAUUUGAGGGCAUUAUAUACCGUUCUAACUAAUCUUGGUUUUUUUGGUGUUACAACCCUUGAUCCAAUAUCAUAAAACAUAGAGGGUUGGUCAGCCAACGUUGUGAUUUUGUACCUUGCCAGAUUAAACAAGUUCCUCUAAGCAUUUAUGGAUCAACUUGCUUCCCACAAUGCCCCCAUAUUACUGGAAAUGGGCUGUUUAAGAUGGCAU